GUUUUCAGCUACGUUGUGAAUUGCAUUUUUUUAAUUUUGGCAGGUAAAAAUAUAUUUGUGUCAAAGAAUAAUUGUCAAUAUACCUAUAAAGUACAAUUGCGCGUUCACUACAAUUUCUAAAUAUUUAACAAUUAAUUAAAAUGUCGGACGGUGCAGGAAGUUGGUGUUUGAUUGAGAGUGAUCCAGGUGUAUUUACGGAGCUUAUUCGUGACUUUGGUUGCGAAGGUGUACAAGUAGAGGAAAUCUGGAGUUUAGAUCGUGACCUGUUCAAAGAACUCGAACCCAUACACGGGCUUAUAUUCCUCUUUAAAUGGGUACAGGACGAUGAAUCCGCUGGCACAGUGGUGAAGGACGAUCGUCUCGAUAACAUCUUCUUUGCAAAACAAGUUAUUAACAAUGCUUGCGCUACACAAGCUAUACUGAGUAUACUACUCAAUUGUAAUCAUGGUGAUAUAAAAUUGGGUCCCACACUUAGUGAAUUCAAAGAAUUUUCACAAUCCUUCGAUCCAUUCAACAAAGGCCUAACACUAAGCAAUGCGCCAAAAAUUCGUUCGGUGCACAAUUCCUUUGCGCGUCAAACACUCUACGAAAUCGAUACUAAAAACCAAAAUAAAGAUGAUGAUGUUUACCAUUUCAUUGGUUAUAUACCGAUCAAUGGACGCCUAUAUGAGCUGGAUGGCUUGAAAGAGGGUCCAGUCGAUUUGGGCGCUGUAGCAAGCGAUCAAAAUUGGAUCGAUGUUGUGCGUCCAAUAAUCGAGAAACGCAUGCAAAAAUACAGCGAAGGCGAAAUACACUUUAAUCUUAUGGCACUUGUAUCGGAUAGAUUGAAAAUAUAUCAGCAGAAAAUAGAUAAACUUAUAAGCACGGCCGACGAUGCCAUGGACACCGAUGAGGAUAGACAGACUGAGAUAGCCAAAUUGCGUUCGAAAAUGGAGUACGAAGUUGAUAAGCGGAAACGUUAUAAAAUUGAAAACAUUCGCCGUAAACACAACUAUUUACCAUUUAUUGUUGAAUUACUAAAAAUGUUGGGUGAACAAGGCCAAUUGAUGCCUAUCUACGAAAAGGCUAAGCAACGUGCUGCCGAACGAGAAGCUGCCGUUUCGAAAAGCAAAUCUUAGAAACUGAGCCACUGUCGUCGCCAUUCGCAAUUCUUAAACAUCGUUGACGCAUUUUUCUUUAAACUUGUAAAUGCUUUUAUUAAACAAAAAUUUAAUGAAUAAAAACAAUCGUUUACAUAUACAUAUAUUGCUAACGGAAUGACUGCCGAGUAGAAUAUGUAGGAUAGACCUACAGUUUGUUUAAAUUUUUGAAAAUUAAAAAAAUUUUGAAAACUUGUAAAAAUAGCCCAAUAAAACUAACCUGUGCUAUUGCA